AUGGCACAGAAAGUAUUCAGCAACUUCCUUUUCCAUGAGAAAAUCUCUUGCGUCGAAGAGACUCCUGUCCGGGGUAGAAAGCCAACAGAGAAACCCAAGCCUUCAAGUUUGCGAAUUUACUCUCUCACCGGCUUGGAAUAUCUAUUCGGUGUUGAACCCGAUUUCCUUACCACCAUUACCCGUGAUGAGAUCUUGUUUUUCAGAAAUGACGACACUUUUCUUCAGAGAGAGUCAGUGAAAGAGCGAAAUGCGGACGAUGAAUCCCCUCUUGCUUGUGUAAGAUGUAUCAAUGAUAUGCAACAUGGUCUCUCUACUCUCCUGAGCCAGACCUUCCUUCAAGAGCUCCCAUUCUGCGGCCCCGACAGCUCGGAUGAGGACUUCCUUCGUGAACCAUUUAAAGAGACAAACCAUUCGAAGAGAGAUCGAGAGGGAGCCGUAAACGAAGCCGGAGACAGAGCCGGAAACAAAGACGGAAAAGCAGAAACAGAAAGCUCCGAUGCGAAAGCCUCGCAACCAGCGCAGUAG